GCGGCGGCGGGCGGCUGCGAGGAGCGGCCGGUGGCGGUGGCGGCGACGGCGGCCACGGGCGGCCAUGGCGGCAGCGGAGGCUGGCGGCGACGACGCCCGCUGCGUGCGGCUGAGCGCCGAGCGGGCCCAGGCGCUGCUGGCCGACGUGGACACGCUGCUGUUCGACUGCGACGGCGUGCUGUGGCGCGGCGAGACGGCCGUACCCGGCGCGCCCGAGGCCCUGAAGGCCCUGCGGGCCCGCGGCAAGCGCCUCGGUUUCAUUACCAACAACAGCAGCAAGACCCGGCAGGCCUACGCCGAGAAGCUGCGGCGCCUGGGCUUCGGCGGCCCGGCGGGGUCCGGCGCCGGCCUCGAGGUCUUCGGCACGGCCUACUGCACUGCGCUCUACCUGCGCCAGCGCCUGGCCGGCGCGCCGGCCCCCAAAGCCUACGUGCUGGGCGGCGAGGCCCUGAAGGCUGAGCUUGAGGCCGUGGGCGUCGCCUGCGUGGGCGUGGGGCCCGAGCCGCUGCAGGGCGAGGGCCCCCGCGCCUGGCUGGACGCGCCGCUGGAGCCCGAUGUGCGCGCCGUCGUGGUGGGCUUUGACCCGCACUUCAGCUACAUGAAGCUCACCAAGGCCGUGCGAUACCUGCAGCAGCCCGGCUGCCUGCUCGUGGGCACCAACAUGGACAACCGGCUCCCGCUCGAGAACGGCCGCUUCAUCGCGGGUACCGGCUGUCUGGUCCGAGCCGUGGAGAUGGCCUCCCAGCGCCAGGCAGACAUCAUAGGGAAGCCCAGCCGCUUCAUCUUCGACUGCGUGUCCCAGGAGUACGGCAUCAACCCGGAGCGCACCGUCAUGGUGGGAGAUCGCCUGGACACGGACAUCCUCCUGGGAGUCACGUGUGGCCUGAAGACCAUCCUGACCCUCACUGGAGUCUCCACUCUAGGGGAUGUGAAGAGUAAUCAGGAAAGUGACUGCAUGUCUAAGAAGACAGUGGUCCCUGACUUCUAUGUUGACAGCAUAGCCGACUUUUUGCCCGCCCUUCAAGGUUAAAGAUUUAGUGUCUUUAAUCUCCAGAAUAAAAAAAAUUGAAAAUCA